AGAAGGUCUCUUUCUAUAUGUCUAUAAUAUAUAACUAAACUAUUGUUGUAUGUAAAGUAACUAAGGUUUUAAAAAUGUUUAAGAAGCUUCAUUUAAAAUUAAAUUAAAAUGCAGAGCUCCCCAGAGUGGUAGCCAGGACCUGGGCAGUGUGAGUGCCACAGAAAAUCAGCUCGCGUGCUGCAGGUUGCCUACCCCUGCCCUAAACAAACAUAAGAAACAUAACCUCUGUGACUAUCCCAGAAGCUCCUAGAUAACCCUGACACCUCCCCCAUAAAUAUUCCCAAAGCACAUCCCCAAUAACUGAAUUACCCCCAGCCUCUAGAUUACUGGGGAUUUCUAGCGGACUGAGGUAAGCAGUGAAAUAACCGUAAGUAACUUCAUACAGCCUGCCCAACGCAUCACAUAACCCCCAGAUCUCAAUAGUUUGCACAGUAACAAUCUCUAAUAACCAAGCUCCUCUAAACUUCCAGUACCUUCCCUAGAAACUUUUGUGUUCUUUUCCAUCACCCCUGCUCUUUCUUCUCCCUAGGAUAAACUCCCUUUUCUUCAUUUCUUAUGUUCUUCCUGUUCACGUCUAUCCACCUUCCCUCUCCUACACCUGCACCCUCCAGACUACUGUACCACUGUGAAGGGAGUUGCAAUCCCUCCCCCAUUUAUCAUGUCAGUGUUCCCAGGAUAGGCUUCUAUGCAAUGUAUCUAAAGGACUUUAGGACAGAGCAGUGCCCUCUAUUCUUGCAGCACAAGUGUACCCAGCACAGACCAUUUACCUGUUUUCACUGGCAUUUCCUAAAUCAGCGUCGUCGUAGACCCAUUCGAAGGCGUGAUGGGACUUUUAACUACAGUCCAGAUGUUUAUUGUACAAAAUAUGAUGAGACCACAGGAAUCUGUCCAGAUGGAGAUGAUUGUCCUUAUCUGCAUCGAACAACCGGGGAUACAGAAAGAAAAUAUCAUCUCAGAUAUUAUAAGACUGGAACAUGUAUUCAUGAAACAGAUGCUCGGGGCCAUUGUGUGAAGAAUGGACUCCACUGUGCCUUUGCUCAUGGGCCUCAUGACCUUAGACCACCAGUAUAUGAUAUAAGGGAACUUCAGGCACAGGAAGCCUUACAGAAUGGGCAGCUAGGAGGUGGAGAAAACAUCCCUGACCUACAGCCAGGAAUUUUAGCUAGCCAAGCAAUGAUUGAAAAAAUUCUUAAUGAGGAUCCAAGGUGGCUGGAUACUAAUUUUGUAUUAGCUGGCUACAAGACAGAACAAUGCACCAAACCCCCUAGACUCUGCCGCCAGGGUUAUGCAUGUCCCCAUUAUCACAACAGCCGAGAUAGAAGACGGAAUCCCAGAAAAUUCAAAUACAGGUCUACUCCUUGCCCCAGUGUAAAACAUGCAGAUGAGUGGGGUGAACCUUCUAAGUGUGAAAAUGGGGAUAACUGUCAGUAUUGCCAUUCUCGUACUGAACAGCAGUUCCAUCCUGAGAUUUACAAAUCUACAAAGUGCAAUGACAUCCGCCAAACAGGUUACUGCCCCCGCGGUCCAUUUUGUGCAUUUGCACACGUUGAAAAGGACACCAUGAAUGUAGUCAUACUGCAAACUGGUUGUCAAUCAAAGCCAGGCGCUCAUCUGUUUUCAGCAGACAGCAUAGGAAUUGCAAAUGAAUGGAGCAGCAGUCUUAACUCCACAAACAGCAUUACAGAUAACAAUGGGCAAUCUGGAAAUAUUUCCUGUGCCUCAAGUCCAACAGUAAUGUCAAGCUCUGGUAGCUGUAGCUCAUUAUCGCCUAUUGGACCCCUUUGUAGGCAAAGAUCAUUAGCAAAUGGUGCUUUGUGUUCCGAGUGUAGCCCAUCAGGUGUGUCUUCACCAAAUUCUAGCUACCCAAAAGCACCAGGUUUUGAACGAGAGGAUCAGAUGAAACAGAAAAGCCUGCCAGCCGACAAUUAUCAGAAAAUAAGUGAACAAGACAAUAAGCAGAACCAUCUCAGUGUUUUUUCAGUGAUUAAUCCACUUGCUUCAAGUAUAACCUCCAGUAUAACUUCUAGUCUGGCUUCCAGUAUUGGAUCAGAUAAUUCAUCCCCAACAGCUCUCUCAGCUAUCAGUACUAAAGCUCUCCCAUUCUACCCUGGCAGUAAUACAGUUGAAUCAGUUAUAGGUUCUGCUUUAGAUCUACAUUUUAGUGAUAUAAAUGUUGCAUCUUUAGAUAAAGAAUUAGAAGAUCAAGAAAACAGUGACAUUGGAUUAACAAGUCAAAGGUUACUGGGAAGUUCAGCUCCUGUCAAUAUUCCAGGUUCUGUUGCUCGUUCCUCAUCUUUACAUUCAUCAUCUUCCCUUUCAACCUCUCCACUCAGUUCUCUGUCACAGUCGUUGUCUCAGUCUUUUAUUUCAUCCACUAUGGCUCCUCACCAACAGCAGACUCAGCCUUUGAAAUCAGAACAUAGUAUGUUAGGCACUUCAGCCUCUUCUCAUAACUCUUUAGGUUUAAAUGGUGUUACAGGGAGCAUUUGGGACUUCGUAACUGGGAGUUUCUCUCCUAGUCCAUCCCCAAUAUUGAACAGUAGUACUAUACCCUCAACAAACUCAAACACCAGUGGAAGUGAAUUAGUUCAUGUUAGACAGGAACUUGAUGAUGCCAAUCAAAAAAUAAAACGAUGGGAAGAUUCUUGGCAACAAGUAAAGCAGGCAUGUGAUGCAUGGCAAAAAGAGGCCCAAGAGGCAAAGGAACGUGCUAAAGUGGCAGAUGCUGACAAAAAUCUAGCACUUCGGAAAAAAGAAGACUUAGAAAAUAAAUUUAAAAAGCUGCAGGAACAAUUUGAUAUGUGUCUGUCCACUACAGUACUCCAUAUGAAAAGCUAUGGCGAUAUAAAAAAGAUACCAUUACCAAAGCUUCAUUCUUUGCAAAACCAACUGCGUUUAGAUUUAGAAACAGUAGAUGGGGUAAUUUUCCAACUUCAUUCAAAGAAGUGUGUUGUGUGCCAAGAACAUGACCGUAGUGUAAUCCUGCAGCCAUGUCAGCAUUAUGUACUUUGUGAACACUGUGCAGCUAAACAACUGGAAUGUCCUUGCUGCAAGAUGAAAAAAAGAAAUGGUGAUGAAGAGUCAUGGUACUUAUAAUCAUGUUAAUUAACUAAAUAUAUUUUAUGUUCUGGUAUUUUAGAUAAGAAUUAUAUCUGUAGUAAUUAAUCCAUUUACUAGUGCUAGACUGAUCUCCAUUUUGACCUUAAGAUAUUUUAGUUGUUUUUACUAUAGGAAAUGUGGUUUGGCUGCCUUUACGUAUUGAAUUCUAUUAAUGAAGUUCUAAAGUUCCAUGGUUGCUUCCCCCCUGCCCUUUUCAGUUUUCCACUUACAUUCCUGGUGCACAAGCUACUCAGGUUCACUUACAGCAUAAUCACUUCUUACAGGUGUGUGCUCACAAUGCAUGAAUUGGGGAAUUUAUGUCUGUGCCUUCCAUUAGCAUUAAUGUAAGACACUCAUGUAAAUACAAUACUUCUUGAUGGGAGGACCUUACCCCUCACCAUGUUUAUGGUGUGCUGUAAUCCUUUGCCGGUAUUUCUGAAUCAGUCUAACACUACUGUUUACUUGAUUUGAAGAAAUUUGAUUCCUGUAAAAGCACUUUGCUAACUGUUUUUUGUUAGAGAUUGUUAUAAAUUGGUUUAACCUGCUUUCUAGGUUUUAAUGUUUAUUUUUUUAAUAUGCAGUAUGAAGCUUUGCGUGUGUACUGUGAACUUAAAAUAUUUAUAUCAGAUUUAUUGUUAAAUCAUAUUAUGAUAGUAUAGUAUAGUUAAAUUUCAUUUUUUGGCUUUAGUAGUUACUAAAUGAACAGUUACAUAUAAAUGAGAACUUGCCUAGAAUUUUUACAGUUUAAGUCAACUGCAAACUAAUAGUAUUUAUAAGUAUACUAGCAGAGAGUGACAUUGAAAGAGACACAUGCGUAAAUAUUCAAAUACUUUUUUUAUUUUGUGAAACAAACCAAUUUUCUUAAACCACUGUGCAUUUGCGUAUUGCCCCAAGUUGGAUUUUUGUAGUCUUAAUGAAAGCAUUUGUAUAACUCCUAAUCUGUGUGAUUAGUUAUCAUGCAUUGAUAUAAUCCAUAGCCACUUUUACCAAGUGCCUGUGCCUUGCACCCAAUAAAAUUGCAAAAUACGUGAAGGAAACAAACAGUCUGCAAACAAUUUAUACCACUUAAUUCUGUACAGGACAAUUAGAUGAUGAUUAAAAUUCUCAACUUUCUGUAAUACAAUUUCAAAAUAAUACCUUGCAAGGGACGAAAGAUACUAGGUUUUGUUUUUACAUAAAAAAUACAAUACACCUUUGGGUUUAGCGCUCAAAUUAUUUAAAUAUUUUAUCAGACAAUGGUGCUUUGUUGUAAUGAUUUUUUUUAAAAAAGUUGUUGUCCAUAUUUAAUGCUGAUGAUUAGGAGUAUGCAGUUUAGGAGAAGUUGAUUAUUGUAUCUUAACACUGUAUCUUGUUACUUUCCUUUAAGUUAACUAUUCUUGUAGGGAAGAGGUACCUGUGCUGUUACUUUUCUUUCCCGUUAAAUACAGGUAUGACACAAGUAUAGCUUACAUUCAAAUGACCUACCACUGUGUUACAUAAUGUGUAUAUUCCUAUUAAUUAAUACAUUAAUGAACAAGAAGUGCAUUCAUAUGACCAGCAAAGAGUUUAAUUAUUUCUGAAGUUUGUUCAGAUGCAUUGCAAUAGAAACAAGAUAUAUGCUAAUUUGUAUUUAUGAUCUUGAAAAAUCUUUGAGCUUUGUAUCAGUGUUAAAGAAUUCAGAGCCCAAUCCAAAACCCUCUAAAGUCAAUGUGCUUUCAUUGAUUUAUGCGGACUUUGUACUAGGCCUUGAGUUAGCAGAAACAAGCAUAUAAGAUUACAUUUAUUGUAAAAAUAAAAUCUAUAGAAUCAUCAUUACCUUGUUCUAUCAAACUGUGAUAACAUGGAGAUCUUUUGAGAAUGAGGGAAGGAAGAUAAAACCCAUGAUGGAUUUACAUUUUGGAACAGAAGCUCUUGAAAAGUAAUUUACAAACACAGUAGUCUGAAGAUAAUUGUAGAACAUUUUUAAACAGGUUUUAAGGUUGUUUCAUAAUAUGGCCUGAUGCAUUUUUCACAUAAUUUUUAAAGUUUUCUCUCAACAUUGUAUAUUGAAAUACUUUAUUACUAUAAUUUCAUUUUCAGCAAUAUAUUUCUCUCUCCUGAAAGAUGAUUCUGUUAUCAUAGAAGUAGAAUUAGUUUACAUUUUUUUUUUUUUAGUGGCACUUUGAAUCACUAAGCUUUGCUGUGAGUAUUAAUGGACUUCUACACUUGUGGAGUCUUUGCCAAAGACUUUUUUUGAACAUUAACAACAUUUUGGACUAAAAGUGAGUAGGUAAGAAUUUUUAUCAGUGACCAAAUUAGAAAGUGAUAUAUUAUAGGAAUAAAUUUAAAAUGUUUUAAAGAAUGCAAUUGAUAUCAGACAGUGGUUUGUUACAUCCAUUAUAGAAUGUGGAACAACAUUCUCUAGCUCUUUGCUAACAUACUUAACUAAUAUUCUUAGCAGAUUUUAGUGAAAUAAAUCUAAAUUAGAUUGAAAUGUGGCCAUAUGUGUCAGUGUUCAGUUCAUUACUUAAGAAAUUUUGAAAUAUUUUUGUACUACAGUAACUCCUCGCUUAAUUUUGUAGUUAAGUUCCUGAAAAAUGCAACUUUGAGUGAAACAAUGUUAAACGAAUCCAAUUUUCCCAUAAGAUUUAAUGUAAAUGGAGGGGGUUAGAUUCCAAGAAAAUUUUUGGAGGGCAGACAAAAGGCUUUAUAUACUGUACAGUACUGUGCUGUGGUUGAGAAAUGCCCCUGGCUUACCCACACAGGCACAGCCUGCUGCAGGCAAGGAUGCUAGGAAGCACUUUGCAGCGGCAGCUUCCCCAGAGAAGAACAGGGGGGAUGCUUUGCUGGGAAUGCUCCAGGCUCACCUCUUCCUGUCUGUGCUCCACUCCAGGCCCACCUCUUCCCACCCCGACUCCACUUCCUCUCCGCAGCACACCAUAUCCCUGCUCCUCCCCACACCCCGAAAGUCCUAAGCGCUGCCAAACACCUGUUUGGUGGCACUUAGAACUUUCUGGGAGGGAGGGGGAGGAGCAGAGACAUGGCACAUCCCCACUCCCCCCUUCCUCCCAGCACUUUGUGCUUAGGACUUUCUGAGAGGGAGGGGGAGGGAGGAGGCAGAGAAGAGGAACUUGUGUAAUGCUCCCUUGUAAAGUUGCUGCUCUUCCAGCCACAUGACGUUAUAAGGGAGCAUUGCACAACUUUAAACAAGUAUGUUCCCUAAUCGAGCAGCGACAUAACUUUGAAACAACGUUAAGCAAGAUGACAUUAAGUGAGGAGUUACUGUACUCAUCACAGUUUAUAGUUCUUUAUAUACAUUAGUGUGAGUUUGUGUAUCAUCCUAGGACCUUUUCUUUGAUCUUUUCUUUUUGUAAUAAUAGGAGUUUUUUUAAAAUCUCUAGCUGAUGCUUUUCAAUUUACAAACGAGUUUUAACAGAAGGGCAAAGUAAAUUGUCACAUUAACGUGCACAGUUCGCACAUACUGUCUUUUUAGAUGAAAUCAAUAAUUAUUGGGUAAUUUUUUCCAAUUUUUUAGCAUUUGUAUGUUACAUAAUUAAUGUUGAGAAUGGUUACAUAGCUGUGUAUUGCUGUGGAAAAAAGUUAUAAAUAUAUCCUGGGAGCAAUUGAGUUGGCUUUUGGACAGAUCUAAAUUUGAGUCUUGAAGAAAAAAGAUAGACCAAAGAAAUGUUACCUAUAAGUAAAAUUCCCAGAGUGAACAGCGUGUUGCUUGUUACCUUGUGGUUCAUGUAACUAUCUAACAAUAUUUCCACAUCUAGCAUUCACAUAAAAAAUGUGAUAAUUAUUUUCCAAUAAGACCAUUCCCUGAGGAAUUAUAAGCAAGUCUUAUUAAAUUUUCUUUUUACAGAUUAACUUCAGCUACUUAAAAAUUAAGAAUUAUUGGAUACACUUUUACAGUGAUACUUUUAAAUCCAGGAUAAUGAAAUAUAUACAGCAUAAAUUAGCAGUUGUACUUUAAUGAAAAAUAUUACAAAGGAAAUAUUUACAUUUGUGAAGUUUUGUCCUGGUGAUACAAACACUAUGUAGAUGCACUAAAAAUAUUUUUGAGCAAGAAUAUUGUAUUGUAAUUUGUUAGACGAGCAAGUUAUAUAAAGGUAAAAUACACUCAUUUGUUAGUUUCAUUCUAGUGUUUGAAGACAGUUUGACCAAGUUAUGUAAAUUUGUGUAAAAGUAUAAUACUUUUAUGUGAAUGCUAUUAACUUUUCAUAAUGACCUGGGGUGUAGUAGAUGAAAAUUACAGUUUCUCAGGGUUUUAAAGUCAAGAACUGCAAUUUAACAGAAAGUUCUAAAUUCAGAUAGAUCCCAAGCUGCAUCUUAUGGGUUUGUUGUUUAGUCUUUUUUGAAUAGCAGAUUAUUAAGAACAUCUGUUUUGUUAUGUACUGCUAUUCAGAAUAUCCUAGUGUUAAAUAUUAAUAGUAAUAUUAUUACUGUCACAAUAUAUUUGUGUAACUGUGGUCAGCAAAAGACCUUAAAUGGAUGUGGAAUUUUCACUUGUAUUAAUUUAUGGAACCUACUAACAUUCUGAGUGCAUAGACAGAAAUGGUAUUGUGAAUGGAAAUGUUCUUAACUGAGAAGGUAUUUAUAAUGCAUAAUCAUUUACUUGUAGUGAAUUGUUAACACUUGUUAAAACUUUUUUACACUAUAGCAUUUAUGCAAUGGUUUACAGAAUUCAUGGAAUUAUUUUUAUUAUCAAUAUGAAAUUAAAAUUUUUGAUCUUUA